AAUUUAUCAAUUGAACAAUCAGUAGAGAGAUUCACUCCUGACUAUCAAUCCAACAAAUCCAAAAAGCCUCCAUAAACAUGUCUUCUCCAGCAGCAGCAAUUUUCCAAUUGGGUAACUUACCAAUUAAAGACCAUGUCUUUUCCCCUGACAGAUCUCUUUUAGCAAUCACCAAAUCCAAUGAAGUUGAAGUUUACAAUGUUUCAUCCGGAAAACCAGUUCUUGUUACUACUUUACGUGGACAUGACAAGACCGUCACAUCAGUUGACAUUUCCCCUGAUGGAUCAAAAAUCUUGACUUGUUCUCAAGACAGAAAUGCCUUGGUAUGGGAAAAUUCCACUGGUGAAUACAAGCCAACUUUAGUCCUUUUACGUAUCAACCGUGCUGCUACUUGUUGUAGAUGGUCUCCAGAUGGACAAAAGUUUGCUGUUGGUUCUUCUGACAGAGUUAUUGCGGUUUGUUAUUACGAGGCUGAAAAUGAUUGGUGGAUUUCUAAACAUUUGAAAAAACCAAUCAAAUCAACUGUCACUAGCUUAGACUGGCAUCCAAAUUCCGUGCUUUUAGCAAGUGGAUCUACCGAUGGUCAUGUUCGUGUCUUCAGUGCUUUCAUUAAGGGAAUUGACGAAAAACCAGAACCUACAGUCUGGGGUUCGAGAUUACCUUUCCAAAUCUUGUGUGGAGAUUAUACUAAUGAAACAAGAGCAUGGAUUCAUUAUGUUAGGUUUAGUCCAAGUGGUGAUUCAUUAGCCUAUGUUUCUCAUGAUUCUUCAAUUGGAGUUGUUUAUCCUGCAGGUGAAGGUUUAGAACCAAGAGCUGUUUUGAAUAUCAAGACUAAUUAUCUUCCAUUUAAAUCUUUAGCUUGGAUUACUGAAAACAAGAUUGUCGUUGGAGGAUUCAACUGCAAUUUGAUUGUGUUCGAAGGAGAUGUAUCCAGUUGGAAUGAAGGUUACAAGAUUGAACAAGAAACCGAUUUAACAAAAGAAGUUGCUCAUGAUAAAGAUGAUGAUGACGAUGAAGAAGAGAUCAGUUCUCAUCAAGCUUUGAACAUGUUCAAGCAAAUGGAUUUGAAGGGUAGAGUUAAUAAGCCAAGUGCAACCAGUGGUUCAAGAGGUUUAGAUACUAUUCAUCAAAAUUCUAUCAGUAGUAUUAGAAAUUACUCUCCAAAGCAAGUUUCUACCUCUGGUAUUGACGGAAAGGUUGUUAUUUUUAAUAUUUAGAUAGUUUGCUUUUAUUGAACAUCGUAUAUACAUUACAAACUCCUAAAUUAUAGUUAUGAUAUAACAAUGUCAUCUAUUCAACAUUUUCUAAAAAAAACCAAUUGAUAGACAUUAUUAUGAAUCAUAGAGCAGGAAUUUCGUUAAUAAAUAGCAAUAUUCAAAUAAAGUAAACUUGUUUAUUGG